GAGGGCAGUCGUCAUAAAUAACAUCCCUGACAAAUAUGUGCCAAAAUAUCGUAGAGCCUGCCAUAAAACGCCGUGUAACCACUAUUACAUUACACCUCCUGUCAGUUAGAGGGUUAGGGCUGCUCGCUCAAGGUCCCGCUAUUUUGCCUCUCCGAGAAUGUAUAUUGCAAGAUAUAUACAGCUCGGGAGAUGGUCGUGGCAAAAGGCUACACAUUUUAAUGCAUAAGACCUCAUGCGUUUUGGAAAUUUAUUGGAAUUUACCUGUUUAGGACAUAUUUGGAGAGUUGCACAUCUGAAUGACACCUGAAAAUGGGGAGAUGAUUAUUGAUAAAACAUUUAAAUGAAAGAGACUUCAAAAAUGGAUUUCGUUUCGUUUCUUUUGUUCGUUUUGUGUUUUAUAACGUUAUUCAUCAAUUCCGUCCAUUCCUCUUGUUCGACCUGUCUCACCAGUGGCCAAUGCCGGCCCCCGGACUGCUUCUGCUGCCGGGGUGAGCUUGGUCUCGACAUGCGGUCCUCCGAAAUCCCACAAAUAGUUUUCUUUACUUUCGAUGACGCAUUAACAGACAAGGCGGCAGAGUUUUACAAUCGACUUUUUAAUAAUUCUCGUCUAAAUCCAAAUGGUUGCCCGAUCUCAAUGACGAUGUUUAUUUCGCAUACGGACACCCAGUAUAAUCACGUGACCGAGUUUCAUCGACGUGGGAUGGAGAUCGCAGCCCACAGUGUCACACAUAGUCACAUGAAUCAGCAGAACUUCUUUACAGAGGCAAAGAACCAGAAGCAAAAUUUGGCAAAAUAUGGAAAACUUCCGGAGAGUGAUAUUGUUGGUUGGAGAAGUCCAUUUCUCGAACCAGUCGGAGAUCUGCAACCAGAACAGUUAAAACAGUUAGGUUACAUGUACGAUGCAACCUUGACAUUCAGUAAGCGGAAGUUGAAUGACACGGCUCCGACCCCGUUCACUUUAGAUUUCGGGUGGCCAUACGACUGCAAGGUUAAGCCCUGCCCACGUGGCCGCCAUCAAGGAUUCUGGGAAGUUCCGGUUGUGUCUUUGUUGGAUUAUUUACAUCGAUACGAUUGUGUAUAUGUGGAUGGGUGUAUGAAUAUACCGCCAAAUGAAGAAUUGGCGUUUAAAUUUCUGAUGGAUAAUUUUAAUAGUUAUUACCAACGAGAAAAAAUUCCGUUCGGAAUAAAUAUGCAUCCAUCUUGGUUUUAUACAACUAGUCGACUUAACGCAAUGGAUAGAUUUAUAGCCGAACUUGUUUCGAGACCGGAUGUGUUUAUUGUAUCAGUGAAAAAGACACUCGAUUGGCUGAAGAACCCCACACCACUCUCGAGAAUAAACUCAUUCCAACCUUGGCAGUGUAAAUCAAGCGCGGAACGUUUUAAAGCGCCAGUCAUGAAUCAGCAGUUUAGCUCCAUGCCAGAGCGUUCUUUUGUUCCUCCACCUCCUUCUUUGUUCCAAAGUUUUAGUUCACGUCAAGAUUUUCAGCCAAGGCAAUCUCAAAAUGAGGUCAGAACGUCAACGCAGCAACUUAUGGAACAACAAAGGAAGGAACUUCGGCGGCAAAACACACUGGCAAGAAAGUUGGCAGUAGAACGACAGGCUUAUAACAGCGCCAAUGAACAGUGGACGGAGAGAGUACGCUCUCCACAUUUGCCAGGCACUCCUCUGAUACAGACCAAAGAUAUACAAGGGCCACCAAAGAUACCCAGUACACUGAAACCCAAGGAUGAUUCAGAGAUUCUUUCGAAUGCGUUCGGACAGGUGUUUUGGCGACAAAAGCCAAGAGAAAACAUUGCAACUAACCAGGAACUGCCAAGUCGCCGUCAUUCGAAGAAGUGGGGGCGUAAAAAUAUUCAGUCGACACGACAACGCGGACCUAUCAAUAAAGCACCGAGAUUUGAAUUUCACUACAAAAUACCAACUGAUUCAACUAGAAAAGUACAGGUACAGCAAAAAAGCAAUAAAACGAUACAACCGUCUCAACUAGAUAGACAGCUUGGUAUAAGAAAUACGGUUAACAGACACAGGUUUAAUAGGCCUAGCUUUAAUAACGAAGUUAGAAAUGAAGUAAAUAUAGGGAAAAUCGGUGAGAAACCCGCAGCUGUUUCCGAGAACAAACACCAACCAGUGCCAAAACCUACAUCGAUGUCCAUCUACGAAAGGAUGGAACAACAGAUUCUGUACGAACAAAGGUUGAAAAAACAGCAAGAACAAUUCAAAUUAGAAAACAAGAGACGUAAAUCGGAAAAUUUAAACAUUGACAAAGCUCAACAAAGAAAACUAGAACAACAGAUGAAAUUAGAAUUAGAAAGAAAACGACAAAAUGAAAAAGAAAUGAAAAAUAGGGAAAGAGACAAUAGAAAUCGGCAAGAAUACCUUCAAAGACAACGAGAUAAUCGGAGGCGAAGACUGAUAGAAUUGAGAAAAAAAAGAAAAAAUAGGCAACCCUUGCAAAGACAGUUUUCCAACUCGGGGUCUAGGAUAGCGGUAUCACCGCGUCGGACGGGGGAGUCGUCUCCGCGAAAGUCAGGAUCGAGAGCAAGUUCUUCCGGAGGAUCGGAGACACCUUCUCGGGCGUCGGGGAGGAAUGUUGUCGAAAAUCCAAUCGAGAGUCAAUGGAGCAAGUUAAUUGAUCUUUUGAUGGGUUAGAAUCUUAUGGUUCAUACUACUCCAGUCUUUCACUUCAACAGAUAACUAUCCGUGGACAAUACAUUAGCUAAUGCUUAUGAGUGCGAGGUCAAUUCACGAAGGAUGUAAAUUAUCACGGCAAGUUCAUGAGAAAGUAUCGUUGUAUGCGUGAACUGCAUCAACUUGCUUACCAGGUACGAUGAUACAUUCCAAAACUACUUGACGAGAUUGGUAUGACAACAAGUUGAAUUAUUUAUAUCAUUGAUAUAUAGUAUGCUUGUGUCACGAUUUAAACCACAAUUACUGAUGUAUUGUUUCAUUUUUCUGACCCACAGUUUGCUAGGUGCAUGAAAUUUUAUUUAUGCAGAAAUUAAAAUUUCAUGAAAGAAUUAAUGUCGGAUAUUCUGAUUACAUACAUAUUCAUGUGUUAAAAUGUUAUGCUUGCACAUUUUUAGCUUUUCGAAUAUAAUCUUGUAUGAUAAUUGUUUAGGUGAGAGAGUGCAGGCAUAUAUGUAGGUUGAUAUCAUUAAAGUAAAUAAAACAAGGGUAAAAAACAUAUGUUAUCAGAUUACAUCAUUACUAUUCUGAUAUAUGUGUAGAAAGUUUUUGAGGCAUUUACAAUGCCAGAAUGUAUGACUGCGUUCAUUAUAUUGAUAAUUAUAUUGAUAAGCACUAAAACAAAAGCAUAUGAUUCAUAUUUCAAUGAAUGCAAUAUCUUUAUCAUUUACAAAUGUUUUUCAUGAUAUAAUCAUUCUGUCCUCAUUAUCAUUUCUCCCUUCAAAAACGUAUUUAUUUUUUUCAAAUUUUAUUCGACUGAUAUGUAGGAAUGAGGGAGAGAUGAAUAUGCAUAACAGAGUAUAAGAUGACACAGUUUUUCUAUAUCCUCUUUGGCUUGUGGAGGUAGGUUAUUUGUGAUAUUGAAUCAGAAUUACCAUUUUCAAAGAGCAGGUCAAUAAUCACUUUAUGACGUCAGUUCGAUUGUAACGUCACAUUGAUCUCUGCCAAAUGCAAAUACUUUCCUCCCUAUAAUUUUCCAACGUUUUUUUUGGUCAGUGAUUAAAACAUUUUUAAGCAUCUAGUUAUCAAUAUUUUGGUGGAUAUGUGGUUAUAUGAGAGAGUGAUAAUGACCGAGACGAGGUUAAUAUCUCUUUUUCGUGUUCAUAUAACCAUAUAUUCAUCUCAACAAAAGUCCAUACAUUUUUUUGUAAUUGACAAUUAUAAAAUAAACGGCAUAUUUAAUAUGUAAUUAAAGAUUUACAUUGUACUGUACGAUAUAUGUCAUACCAACAUAAAAGAACUACUAAUUAGCAUAUACGGUUUAUUUUAUAUCGAGUGGUAACGACAUUAAAAUCUGGCACAAGAAAGAUAAUACCAUUGAAGACUAGAUAUGGAAUAAACAAUGUCGAAAAAUCUAUUACAUAUUUACUAAACAAACGCGAAAGUGUACAGUAUUAAACAAGGCACUCUGUAAUAUACGCAACACCGCGCAUUCUUGUAAUGAAAUUACACUCAAUAUGUCCUCGUCUGUCCACCAAACAUCUUACACAUGUCCUAAGUUGUAUUUUAUGACUUUUUAGAUUGCUUACUCUGACGAAUGUGCCCAGCCACACAUAAAUGAACAACUCCUGUAUAAGUUCCGUAUCACGUAGACAUAGUAUAAUGGCCUAGCGACCAGUUGCUGGAUAGUACUCUAUCUAGACAUUAGUGCACCGAUUGCCUUACAGGUAAUAUAUUACAUCAGCUUAAUGCAUUUAUUAUCUUUCUAAUUAUUAAACAAGUGCUUUAUUUUUUUUUUUACAAUUUUGACAUUUGGCGUGUGACGUAGCAGUUUGUGUUGACGUUCGGCAAGCUUGAUUGCCAUGAGCAUUGAUUGACGGAUUGUAACGCUGCCGUUUGCUUUAACUUUGGCGUAUUACGUUGAAGUUUGUGUUGACUUGUUGUGUGAUACGUUGCAGUUUGUGUUGACUUUCUGCGUGAUACGUUGCAGGUUAUGUUGACUUUCGGCGUGUUGAGUCGCCGUAUGUGUAGGCUGUCGGCGUGUUACGUUGCAGUUUUGUUUUACUUUUGCUUGUCCCACUUUCUGGUUUUGUUGAUCUAAGCUUGUUACGUUUUCGUUGGUGUUUACGUUUUGCUGUGUUACGUUUUCGUUGGUGUUUACGUUUGCUGGGUUACGUU